AUGCAAUUUAUAUCGUUUAUAUAGGUUACAUACAAUGGCUUUAUUUCUCUAAAGUAGUUGCCUACAGUUCUUAAAUUUACAUCAUCAUUUGGAUGUACAUUGAAGCUAUUUUAUAUUGAAAUUUUAUUUGUUGCAAUGUAACUUUAGAAUCUGGAGUCAUUAUUAAGUGUCAAACUGAGCUAGUAGCAAGUAUUAUUAUAAAGACAUUGUUAACAUCUUUUGCUGGGAGGCAGUGCUAUAAUCAAUCAUGAAUUGUCUGGUACCUUGCUUCAGCAACCACACUUCAAGUUUGAUUGGGUGUAAGGUUACCUGGCCUCUGAACUCAGCCAAUUGUCACCAAUGUUAAUACAAAGCAGAUUUUCCAACAAGGGACACUUUCAGGUAAAGAAAUGAAGCAACACUUGCUUUAAUCUUAUUCUUCAACCCCUUAGUAACGAAUGCUAACACAAAAUUACCUUUCAAAGUGCUAGGUGUACCUGUAUGUUAACUUUAUGAUUCACUUAGAAGGACACCCAAAUCCUUCUGAAUAUCAAUAUUUCGCAGUCUGUCAUCUUUCAAAGAAUUCUGCUAUUUUUGAUUCAAAUGAAAACUUCAUAUUUCUACAACGCUAUAUGCCAUAUUUGUGUCGAUAAUCUACAGCCUAUAUCUCUGCAGCCUCUCAAGUUGGAUACAUCACAGGAUCCCCCUCAUUUAAGUCAUUCAUAUUGCUUCUAAAUAGUUGAGGUCCAAGAACUGAUCUUUGCAAUACCUCAUAACUUACAACCUGUUAAUCUGAAAAUUACCCAUUUUUCAUAAUUUGUUUUUGACUGUUAAUCAAUCCUUAAUUCAAUUGUAAUAUAUCACCCAAAGUCACAUGAACUCUGUAACAAGAGAUAAUCUAUCUCACCUUGCAAUUUAAUUACAAUACUAUUGCUGAAUCCCCCAUUAUCAACUUCCUGAGAGUUAUCAUUGGCCAAAACCUGAACUGGACCAGACAUACGAGUAUUGUGGCUACAAAUGCAAGUCAAAGGCUGAGCAUUCGGCAACUCAGCUCCUGAUUCCCCAAAGCCAGUCCACUAUUUAUAAGGCACAAGUCAGGUGUGGUAGAAUACUCUACACUUGCCUGAAUGAAUGCAGCUCCAGCAACACUCCAGAAGCUCAACACCAUCCAAGGCAAAGCAGUUCACUUGACUUGCAUCCUAUCCACCAACCCAAACAUUCAUAUCAUUUACAAUCACAGAGGCAGCAGUGGGUAUUAUAUUCAAGAUAUGCUGCAGUAAUUCACCAAGGCUCCUUUGACAGCAACUUUCAAACCUGUGACAUCUAUCACAAUAAUGGACAAGGGCAAUAGAUGUGUGGAGAAACUGCUACCUGUAAGCUCUCUUUCAAGUCACACACCAUCGUGACUUGGAACUAUAUUACUGCUACAUCACAUAUCCAGAAACUCACUCUUUAACAGUACUGUGAAUGUACCCACACCACAUGGGCUGUUGCAGUUCAAGAAGACAGCUUACCACUACUUUUUCAAGGGAUUGCAAACUUGCCAGUGACUCCCAUAGUGCAGGAAAUAUUAGCUUAUUUAUUAUUUUUCAUGUCACACUUUUUGGACAUCCAAGCACAUUGCAUCCUCUGGUUCUCUAUAUUCUGAAUAAUAGAAUAGAAAUACAAGAACAGUACUUUGUCAUAACAACUGCUCAAAGUAAUCUCACUACUAGAAAAAUCGUAAAGUUUAAUAUGAUCCAUUAUAAGUCUUUAAUCAACACAAUUUUUAUCCCCAAUUUUUGAUACUCCUUCCCUAAUGGAGUUGGUUCGUAUGGGACUGUGAUUUUAUCAAUAGCUCGCCCCACUGGGCAUUCUUCAGAUGCAAACUACGCCAUGAACGUCGGCUGGCUACAAACAUCACGAACGUUUGAUAGGAAAUGAUUUUCUUUCUCUAAACUCAAUAUGUCUCAAUUCUUUCCUGAAAUUGUCCUGGAUAUAAUCAGCCUCAUUUCUGCUGCCUUUAACAGAAUAAAAAGAGCACACAUUAAUUCUCUUACAUUGAGCUCAGUUGUAACAUCCUUACUGCUGAGAAUAUCAAAUAACUUGGAGACAGGAACAGAUUAUUGUAUGCUUCUUGAUAUCAGGAAAUCAGGAGAAUGAAACACAAAUGACUUGCAAACAGUGUUGCAUCUUCAAUUGCAUUGUAGAGAUUAACUCAUAAAUCUAAAAGAUUUCUUGCAUUUAGGGACACAUUAGGCAGACUAAACAUGUUUACAUCUGUUUUCUAUAGCUAGAUUUUCCAGGAACAGGUUAUUAGGUUGAAGCCAGAAGCUAUAUCUUGAGGGAUGCCACUCCACAUUCAGUAUGGCUGACCAGGAAUCUGCCCCUACCGCCUGGCAUUGAAAUGAUGGACGGUUUUGCAAAUUGAUAAUUGAUCUGUUUGGCUGCAUAUGAACCCACGUUCCAUGGCCAUCAGGUCAUGGGGUUCGACUUGAACCCGAGCUUCUGGCUCAGAGGUAGAGACGCUACCCAUAGUGCCACAAAAUUUUAAUAUUGUAUAUGCCAGGUAUGAAAUUAUAAAUUCAAAAUACUUAUCUGUAUUUAGUUUCAGCAUUUGUUUGUAACUCAUCCAAACCUUGGUUCAGUAGUGCUGUCAGUAUCAUUACAAGUAUGUCAGAAAAUUGUUGGUAAAAUAAAGGAAAUGCCAGCUAGUAGUUAAGAUUAGAAUACCUGUUUAGUAGGGUUUAGUGGUACAAUUUUUUAAUUUAGAUUUAUUUGUGAUGAAAUAACAGAAAAAAAUGACUUUUUAAAAUUUAAAUGGUAGGUUACCUCCCUAAAUGUCCUCUUAAAUGCUGCUUAUUGUUCGCAAUAUUUAUCCAUCAAGCUAUGCAACUAAAACAACUUAGUUUCUGAGCAAAGUCGCUGUCAUGAUUCUCACAGUAUUACAGUGACUACAUUUUUCAAUGCUCUUUCUUGGCUGGAAAGCAUGUUAGAGCAUCCUUUAUUAAAUUCUCUUGUGGGACAUGGGCAUUGCUGGCUGGCCCAGCAUUUAUUGCCUGUUACUAGUUGCCCUUGAGAAGAUGGUAGUGAGCUGCCUUCUUGAACUGAUGCAGUCAAUGUGCUGUAGGAAGACCAAAAUGUUGUUAAUGAGAGAAUUCCAGGAUUUUGACCCAGUGACGGUGAAGGAAUGGUGCUACAUUUCCAAGUCAGGAUAAUUAGUGGCUUGGAGGGGAAUUUGCAGGUGGUGGUGUUCCCAUGCAUUAUCCUUCCAGAUAGAAGUGGUCGUGAAUUUGGAAGGUGCUGCCUAAGGAUCUUUGGCAAAUUUCUGCAGUGCAUCUUGUAGCUAGUACACACUACAGCUAUUGAGUGCUGGUGGUUGAGAUAGUGAAUGUUUGUGGAUGUGGUAACGUCCAGUGGGAUGCUUUGUCCUGAAUGGUAUCAAGCUCCUUGAGUGUUGUUGGAGCUGCACUCAUCCAGGCAAGUGAGUACUGAGGUCAUGGAUAGUAUUAUAUAAAUGUAAAAUUUUCUUUUUUCUUUAUCUGUAUCUCUAAGGGAAACAUUAUUUACUGUCGGAAGUAUCAAUAUUAUUUUGAAAGAUAAAUCAAAUUAAAAUAAUGUAAUAUUUGCAUGUUCGGUUUCUUCUCCAGUGUAUUUUUCUUUUACCCACUUCUUUCUCAUGAUUUAGGAAUUUGAAUUUUCUUAACAAAAGUGAAAUAAUUAAGUCUUAAAAGUACUGUUGGUGUUUUCUGUUGAAAAAUUUAGAAGCAAAAACACCCUCCUCCUCUUUUACAAGCACGUUUCCAAUUCUCUCUUCCUGACCUGAAACUCUGCCACUAGACUCUCUUUCAUUUUCAAAACUUCAUAGAACACAAAUGCUACAACAUGUGUGCAACACCUGUCUUUGUCUUCUCUAAUUACAUACAGCCUUGCUUCAAACAAAAAAGAUAUCAAUAAUAUUUCACUAAAGUUUUUGGAAUAAGACCAUAAAAUUUUAAGACAUAGCAGCAGAAACAGGCCAUUUAGCCCAGCAAGUCUGUUCUGCCAUUCAAUAAGAUAAUGGCAGAUCUGAUAACCUUCAUCUCCAUUUUCCUGCCUUUCCUUCACAACCCUUCUUUCCCUUAUUGCUUAAAAAUCUGUCAAUCUCAACCUUGAAUAUACUUAAUGACCCAACCUUGACAGCCUGGGGUAAAGAAUUCCACAGAUUAAAUACCUUUUCAGACAAAUAUUACUCCCUAUUGCAGUCUUAAGUGGGUGACCCGUUAUUUUGCGAUUACACCCUAUGGUCCUAGACUCUCCCACAAGUGGAAACAACCUCUCGGUAUCAACCUUGUUACACCACCUAAGAAUCUUAUAUGUUUCAAAUUAUGAUCUCCUUUUGUUCUUCUAAACUCUAAAGACUACAGCCCAACCUACUCAUCCUCUCUUCUUAAAAGAAAAUCUCCAUACUGGGGGUCAACCUAGUAAACCUUAUCUGAACUGUCUCCAAUGCCAGUCUAUCUUUCAAUAGGUCAGGAGACCAAAAUUGUUUGAAGUAUUUCAGGUGUGGCGUGACUAAUGCCUUUUAUAGUUUUAGCAAGAUAUCCCUAUUAUUAUAUACCAUUCCUUUUGAAAUGUAAUUGAAAAAUGAACUAUAACUUCAUAACAGUCCAUUUUCCUUCCCUAUUAUUUGCUGAAGUUUGAACUUUUUAUGAUUGAUGCACAAAGAUCCCCAAAUCCCACCACCCUGCAAUCGUUACCUUAGUAAUAUUCAGCUCCUCUGUUCUUCCUGCAUACCUUACAUAAUUCCACAUUGUAUUCUGUCUGCCAAAUUUUUGCUCAAUCACUUAACCUGUCUAAAUCUGUCUGUAAAGACUCUUUAUAUCAUGGUCACUAUUUGCCAUCCUACCUAUUGUUGUCUCAUCCACAAACUUCGUGAUAGUACAUGCAUUUCCCUUAGCCUAGUCAUUUAUAUUGUAAAUAAUUGUGGCCCCACCAUCAUGUCUGCACUCGCUCUUCAAAUGAUCAUUAACCUAGUGCCCAUUUCCAGCCCCAUCACCCCUUCCACACACCCCUGUCCACUAUUUCUAUCCAAAUAAGCAUCCAAAUCCCUCUUGAAUAUUUCCAUUGGACUGGUCUACAUGGCAUUUCUAGGCAGGGCAUUCCAUACUCAUGCAAAGAGAGCAGAGUCUGCUCUGAAGAAGAGUCAUCUUGAUUCGCAACGUUAGCUUGCUCUCUCCCAAUUGAUGCCUUCUGACCCGCUGUGAUCUCCAACAGCAUUUGCUGUUUUCAGUACGGUACAGAUUCCAGCAUCUGCACUAAUUUGCUCCUACAUUUCAUAAUCAUCCUUCCUGAAGGUUUUUUCCUGUUGGCUUUCACAUUCAUUAAGACCGGUAGAAUCUUUAGCGGAGAUCAGAAAGUACUGAAGGGACUGGAAUUGUGCUUUUGAGGGAGGUGCAUCAAAAGCGAUGGCUUACUUUGAGGAAAAUGAGUAUUCGUUCAGGCAGAAGUAGUGGGGCCUCGGUUUGUUGAGAAAAAAUCAUUGGUUCCCGAGGAGCGGUGGCUCUCGUUCUUCGAGAGUUUUCUUCAUGCCCCGGGCGGAUCGAAGAGAAAAGAAUCUGAUUUAGUGGAGAAGACCCCCAGCUGGGAAAGAGGAGGAGUGUUUUCCUCAGCCAGGGGGAAAAAGGAGAGUGUUUUCCGUAGGGUGGCGGCCAUUGCGGUUUGGAGUGAGCCGCCGCCACGGUGGAGACUCUCGGAUGGCGCCUGAGGUGAGGCAGCGGAAAGGCACCGGAGUUGGGGAGCCGGUGGAAGCCUCACCCGAGCGAAGGAGAAGCAGGAUUACGAAAGCCAGAGGGGACGGCACGGAGAGCCGCUUGCCGGUGUUGCUGGGAGCCGGGCUGCUCCUGGGUUUAGGCCUGAUCCUCGGGUCCGCGCUCUGGAGCUAUCACCUGGACUGCCAGCUCGCGGAACGCCAAAAAGAUGCUCUGAAAUCUCUUGGCAGUGAAGGACUUUUCUUAUUUUCCUCAUUUGACACCAACAAUGACUUGUACCUCAGUCCAGAAGAAUUCAAGCCUCUAGCUGAAAAACUAACAGGUAUUGCCACAGUCCCAGACUUUGAAAGCAAUGCGGAGCCUGAUCCAAAUUCAGAGGUGCUGACAAUUGAAGCAAAAUUCCAGCCUCUACUGAUGGAAACUAUGACCAAGAGCAAGGAUGGGUUUCUUGGAGUCUCCCAUGGCUCCCUAUCAGGACUGAAAAACUGGAAGUCUGCAGAAAUACCUUCUAGUAUCUUCAGUAGCAGUCAAUUUAAAGCUUUCCUCCCUCAUAAAAAUAAAGUAGAGCUGGGCGAAACAUGGUGGAUGAUUCCCAGUGAGCUGACUAUCUUUACUGGGUACCUCUCCAAUAACAGAUUUUAUCCUCCAAUGCCACAAGGGAGAGAGGUCCUUAUCCAUAAACUUCUAAGUAUGUUUCAUCCACGGCCAUUUGUGAAGACGAGGUUUGCACCCCAGGGUGCAGUGGCCUGCAUCCGUGCAGUCAGUGACUUCUAUUAUGAUAUUGUCUUCAGGAUCCAUGGAGAAUUUCAGUUGAAUGAGCCGCCAGAUUAUCCCUUUUGGUUCACUCCAGGGCAGUUUACUGGACACAUCAUUCUUUCUAAAGAUGCAUCUCAUGUUCGGGAUUUCCAGAUGUAUGUUCCCAAUGACAGGUCUCUGAAUGUGGACAUGGAGUGGCUGUAUGGGGCAGGUGAAAGUGGCAACAUGGAAGUCGACAUAGGCUACUUACCUCAGAUGGAGCUCAAGGCUGUGGGUCCAUCUACUCCGAAUAUUAUCCUUGAUGAAAAUGGUAAUGUGAUCGACACUGCAGAUGCUUCAGGGGAACCCAUUCAAUUUAUUUUUGAAGAGAUUGUCUGGCAAUCAGAAAUCAGCUUUGAAGAAGCUACCAACAAGCUGGAGACAACCAUGUAUCCAUUUAAGAAGAUUUCAUAUCUUCCAUUUACUGAAGUUUUCGACCGUGCGAAGAUGGAACAUAAACUUGUGCAUUCCAUAUUACUCUGGGGUGCACUUGAUGAUCAGUCUUGCUGAGGUUCAGGGCGGACUCUGCGGGAGACUGUUCUCGAGAGUUCGCCCGUCCUCUCACUGCUGAAUGAGAGUUUUGUCAGCAGCUGGUCCCUAGUCAAAGAACUGGAGGAUCUUAAGAGAAACCAAGACGAUGAACAUCAUGCUGGGUUGGCCAGCCUGCAUUUAGAACACUACAACUUUCCUGUUGAGAUGAUGAUCGCUUUACCAAAUGGCACAGUGAUUCACCACAUCAAUGCAAACUACUUCCUGGAUAUCACUUCAAUGAAACCUGAAGAGGUGGACAAGAGUCUAUUCACUAGUUCAUCACACUUUGAAGAUCUCUCAGCUACAGCUUAUGUUACAUUUUUGAAGGAAGGGCUUGAAAUUGCCAAACGGUUUGCACCAUUUUAAUUUAAUGGAAAUCCAGCUGAAUGAAACAGGUCCUCCCUCCAUUGUCAGUUUCAGCUGUUUUGUUAUUCGGGUUUUUCACUUUGCACAGAGAAUAAAAUUGCCUCCAUUCCCAAAGCCUCAUUGAGGAGGGUAUCUACUUGUUAGUUCCUCAAGAAAACAGCUUCUGUUGACAAAGUGUUUGUGAUGUGGGGGAUGACUGUGUGUGUGUAAGUGUGUUCUGACCUGUUCCUCUACUGCUCCUCAUCCCCCUGAAUAUGAUUGUGUAUUGAUUAUUGAGAAAGAACUGUUUCCUUGGAUAUUGGUGGGGAUGAAGGAGGAAGCAAGUGACCAGUUCUGAACCAUAGCUAGUUAUUUCUUGAGUGUUAUUGGAGUCUGAUUUGGGAAUAUGUCACUAUUAGCAAGGAUGGCUUUUUUAAAGGUAUUGUCUAAUAUGCUUGCCACUACCACACAUGGAAAUCUGACACAGACAUGUGACAAAUUGAUGCUGUUCAGCAAGUGAGAAACUGUCACAGUUCUGUGUAAAAAGCAUUACUUAGCCCCAUUCACCUUUUACAGUUGUUUUGCAGUUUUAUUUUAAAGUCACUUCCUUCUUGAAAGAUAUUACUAAUUUUGUUUCUGAAGAUUACGGAAUCCCUGAUAAGAUGUCACCAUCAGAAAAUAUUUCUCUUCAUCUCUCCCUCAUUCAUUUGAAAAUAAUCUUAAAUUUGUGCCCUAAAAUAAAGAUAGGGAAAAUGUUGCUUCCUAUUUUAUUCAUUUUAAUUUAUUCAUUUAUCUCUUCACUAUAACAAUUUUGAAAACCUCUAUUUACACUUCUCCAAGUUUCUGUCCUGAUAAGAAAAUACCAAAAAUCUCCAUAGAAUCACAGCUAAAAAACCAUCAGCCCAUCUUGUCUGUACGGGCUCUCCAAAUGUGCCAUCCACCAUCCGUAUUCUGCCUUCUCCCCUUACACUGCACCAUUCUGCGUAACAGACUGAUUCUCUUUUAAACAUUUAAUGGACCCUGCCUCUACAUUACCACGGUCUCAGUGCAUUCCAGACUUUAGCCACCCACUGUAUGAAAAAGAUUUUUUCUUUGCUUCUUUGACAAAUUACUUCAAAUACGUUUCCUCUCAUACUCGAACCUUUCAAGGAUGGGAACAGUUUCUUCCUGUUUGCUCUGUCCAGACCCCUUUAUGAUUUUGAAAAACUUGAUUAAAUCUGCUCUCAGCCUUUUUUCUAUCAGGAAAACAGGCCUGACUCCUCCAAUCUGUCUUCAAAGCGGAGGUUCCUCAUUCCUGGAACUAUUCCAUAAUAGAUGUUUAUGCAUGUUUUCUUUAAGCAAGUGACUGAAUGUUUAGAAUUUUCUGCUGGAGGGAAGCUGAGUUUCUGAGGAGGGUCUGCCGCUUUUAAGAGUCAGGUUACCCAUCCCCCACCCCAAGGCCAGAAACAACAUUUCACAGCAACCUCCAGUUUCCUGUGCUAACUUUAAACUGUUAAUGUGACUUCACUGGUAGGAGGAGGAUCUUGUGAGUAUUUAGAAUCCUGCAGAUACAAAGUUUCAGAAGCUUGCUGUGUGCAUAAGUGACGGUGCCUUUGUCCUGAAGGAUGUUAACUUGCUGUAUAAAAACUGCCACUUUCGACUUUCAAACUCUCGUGUUACUUUACAAACCCUGUAAAAGCUUUAAAUAUUGAAAGAUAAAUUAUAUGAAGAAAAGCUGUAUUCGCCAGGAGGGAUUUUCUGCAAUAAGAGGACACACUUGAGAUAUUUGGUCAAGGAACCAGACGAAAAAUUAAUUGUUUUAAUAUAGGGACUUUUAAAAAAGUGAUCUGAAAUACUUCCUGAGGUAGAACAGGCUUAAUGAUAGCUUCCAAGAGGAGAUUAGCUAUAUGUUGAAAAGGAUAUGGUAGCAGGGUUCUGGGAAAAGGUUAUUGGGAGUGAGGCUAUCUGAACAUCUGUUUUUACACGCACUGUUAUUACAUAGUCUGCCAUUUCACACUAUCUAUUGUUUGCUGCUGACAGUCUCCAGUAAACAGCUAUUCACUCUUCUAACCAGAUUAUUAUCCACUCCUUUGUCCAACUGUUUUUUCUCUCUUUGGGCUCUAUCCCCACCUAUCGUUCACAGUUUACCUACUCCCCCUCCACCCGACUUCUGCAUACACAGUGACAUUUUCCUAGCUAGCUACCAUCAGUUCUGAGGAAGGGUCACCAGACCUGAAACAUUAAUUGUGAUUUCUCUUCACAGAUGCUGCCUGAGCUUUUCUAACAACUUCUGUUUUUUGUUUCUGAUUUACAGCAUCCACAGUUCUUUGUUUUUUUUAAGCUGUUUUCACACUGCUGUCUCGAGUAUGAUGAACAGAAUGGCCUGUACCGUUAUUGGUUUGCAUUGCUACACAUAGUAUGAUUUAAUCACCUUUGCUUAAAAACAUUUGAAUAGCUAGAUGGAAGAUGAUGUUGGCUCUUCAAGUUCACCUCCUACUUUACAGCGGAGCUGUGGAUGAUCAGAGAGAUUCUUGAUCGGUAGGCAAAUUAAGGACUACAGGCAAAGGACAGGAAAGUGGAUAUGAGAAAUGUCAGAUCAGCCAUGAUCCUAUUGAAUGGGGGAAGCAGGCUUGACCAGCCAAAUGUCCUAUUGUUCUUAUUUCUUUCAGUCUUAUAACAAUCAGUCUGUAUCAAUUAGCCCCAGAUUUGAAGUGAGAAAAAUCCAAGAGGUUUUGAAACCCAAGUCCAAUGUUUGUGUUUCUCCCGAACCUGCUGCAUCUGUAUGUCAUGUCUCAUUAUUAUAUACAGUGUCCCACAAUGCUGUUUCUUCAUUAACUAUUUCCACCAGCUCUCUAGUGCAUUCAUAUUGUUAAAACAUGAAAAUGUCAAGCAUGAUGAAAUAACACGUUUUGAGUGAUUGGCUGCCAGCUGUGUUAAUUUACUUACAUGACGGUUAUUUACAUUCAUUUAGAUGAUAGUCAGCUAUUUUAUCCAAAAAUAUUGUCAAACAUCAGCGUGCAUUCCUUAAUGUAAGUACAUGGUUCACUUUUCCUCUAACAAGCCAAAUCCCAGGACCAGCCCAUCAGCUAUUAAUGUGGGGUUAUGAAAGCAGGAGAGCAAGAGAUAGACAUCACUGUUAUGGGAAUGCAUGAAUAAGCGUACAGAUAAAAUGCUGUCGGUCUUGAUAAUUUUUAAGAACUAUUUUCUUAAAACAAAUGUCAGUGCAUCAAGCCAUUGGUGAUGCCCUCUGUGAUAUGUGCUUCAAAUAACUUGUGUAUGUUCCAGGUGAAAUCUGACCAUUCAUUUGCUGGACCUAUGCAAAGUGUUGUGGUUUGUUUUUGUAAUUAAAGUUCUAUUUUGUCAACA